AUGAGUGCUCCACGAAAGAACUGGAGAGAUGCUCUACAAAGUUUCUCGUACACUCUAUUCCAUAGGUUCCUCCACUCUUAUACACAUCCUGAAUCGCACUACCACACCUUCCAAAGAGACCUACAACCCUUACUAGCCGCCAUUCAGACCGCGGCCCCUUACUCUUUGGAGGAGGGAACACUAGCACUGCAAAUAGGAGAGAUGACAGGGACUCUAGCCGAAGGGUUUGACGACUGGGCGCAACAUUAUGCUUGGAUUCUGGGCACUGAUCCUGCGGUGAUAUUGGGAGACUUUGGUAUGCGGGAAGAAGGGAAAAGGGAGAGCGACGUGCAGAGGAUGAGAGAGCGAGCGGAGUUGUGUGAACGAGUACGCGUCGUCAUCGUUGAGGUUCAAGGGGUGCUUAAUGCCCUGGCGGAGUGUAGUUCUAGUGGAGAGCAAGGCUUUGAGUGA